AUUAUUUUUACCAAAUUAGCAGAGUUUUGUAAUAAUAGUGAAAUAUCAUGGAUUGUUCAAUAAAUGUUUUUGCAGGUGUAGGUUGUGCAAGUGUUAAAUCCUGAAAAUAAGCUUAACUUAAUAUUUGUAGAUCACAUCAGUGGAAUUUAUAAUAAUAAUUGCAUUUUAGUCAUUAAUGAAUAUGUCAAUAUAAAAAUGUACAACAAUUUGAAUAUAAAACCAUUAAAGUUAAUAUGGAGUUCCAAAGUACACAAGAUCGCGAAGACUCGGCACGUGAAACAUCUAAAAUCAUUUGCGAGUGUAUCAACAAUUUAUUGACAGACAUUCCAUCAGUGAUUGCAGAACUUCAAGAUGUCACGAAACCAUCUCCUCAAUCUCAAAUGGUUUUGCAAUUUUUGCAUCACUGCGUUGAUGCAUUUCCAGAAUGUUACGUAACACGGCCACCAAGUGAAGCAUCAAAAGCCUCAUUGAACUUAUCAACUGACCAGCAGAAAAGUUUGUUUGCCAAAGAUUUUACUUGUUGGGUUUUGUCACGAUUGUUGAGGAUACUCUCAUCUCCAGGAUGCGAUACACUUCAUGCAAAAUCUGUAUCAGUCAUCAAUUGUAUUUUAAAGCUUGUAAAGACCAAAGACAUAUCAUUCUACAAACAUUUAAUCUCAGAAUUUUUUGGUCUGUAUGAAGAUAUUUUGUCUGAAGCAGAAACCUAUUUUGAGAAUGACGAAGAAGAAGAUUAUUUUACACAAGUGCUAUUUUGUGGCCGAUUUCUAAAACAGCAUUGUGAUGUAGAUCAUGACUUGAUACCUGCCAGACUAAUUGAACUGAAGGAAUAUGCAAACAUUCAAUUUCUUUUAAAGUCAGUCAGCAAAAUUCUUGAGGAAAACAUCCGUUACAUUCAACAGUUCCUGACAAACAUCAGAAGCUCCUUAUACACUGUUGUGAUCAGAACACUUCAAUUAUGUGAUGUGCAGCUUAUCUUUGUUUCAUUAAAACUACUUGUUGCUGUUGUGGAAAUACAUGAAUCAAUGACCAGUUCUUAUUUUAGUCAGUAUAUACUCAUCACCACGUCAAUUUUGGAAUAUCUUCUUGAUGAUGCAACCUUUCUUGUUGACUGGCUCCCAUUAUUGAAAUAUGCACUUCAUAUUAUUGUGACCAAAGAUGACCUUGACAGAUCAAUGUUGCAAUUAUUCCUGAAAAAAGUUACAUUUGUCAUCAAUGAGUGUUCCAAGCGUAAUGUUUAUUUGUGUCUCGAGGAAGUCCUUCUGGAUAUAUUAUUUGUAGUGCUACAUCAAAACCCAACCUUCCUUCACGAAAAUGUUGACAAUGUGAUGCAAGUUUGUUUAGAAAACCUAGGAAAAAGAGAAUUGUCAAAAGUUGCACAUACCAAUCAUCACCAGCUACUCUACAAACUUUCGACAAUGGAGCAUUCAUUGAAAACUUCUGUUCAUGAUAAUUUAACCAACAAAAUCAAAGAGCUACAAGGUUUGGUACUAUCAGAAGGCAACAACGAGUUUGUUUGGUUGUACAUUGAGGGGGUGAAUUUGUUGUACAAGGUGCUUUUAAGCAGUCACCAACACAUCGAUUUAAAAAAAAUGUCCGAAGUUUUUAAUGUUGAAGUAAUGGUCCACCGUAUUGUUAGAUUGUUUCUUGAUGAUGAGUUUCAUAUCAAGCUUACAAAAGAUGUGCAAGUACAAGCUGCUACUGAAACCUUUAAGUAUUUAGUUCACUGCCUUAAACUGUACAUUGUAACUGACACAAAACCCAAUGAUGAUAUUAAAAGAAUUGCUAUUGAAAUGUCGUCAUUACCUUGGUUAACCACAAUUGAUCCACCAUGGUUCGAUUUUAAGCCUACUGAGUACAGUGAGUCACAGCUCCUUACACUGUACAAUCGCCGAAAGUUGUGUUUUACUGACAAAGUUCUGGGCAAAUGUUUACAGCUUCUUUCUUUACUGGGUGGUGUAUCAAAGUGCAUAACAUGGUUUUCUCACGUGAUAAGAAAUGCAUUGGUCCAUCCAUCAGAAGUAGUUCAAAAGAAAACUCUAAAAUAUUUCCCAAACUUUGUUUACUUCAACACAUCAAGUUUUUAUGACAUGCUCACAGAAGAGCUUGUUACACUGGCUCGUUCUUCAUCUCAAACUGUACAAUCAUCAAUAGGUGAAGCUGUGUGCAAACUAGUGUGUGUUGUCAGUGGUAAUGUGCUACUCAAAAUGACACAUGGGAACUUGUUGUUAAAGUGCAAGUUUUGUGAAAGGGACACAUCAAAUCAAGAUGUUGUUGGCGAACAAAAAGACAUUGCUGUUUUGUUUAAACCUUUCUUUCUCUUGUUCAAGCACAGCAUAUCGACCACUUUAAAAGUUCAUCUUCUUGAUAUUUUGAAAGUGUUAGUGUUGCAUAUGAGUGAUAAGGAUCGGACAUCACCAGCAAGCAUGUCAAUUUGGAAAGCUGCCAUGGAACUUUUAAAAGAUCCUUCCUUUGAGAUUCGAUUUGCUUUUUCCUCGAAGAUGGGUGUGUAUUUAAAUGGGUUUCAAAAUGUUGCCAUGCACCAAUUUGCAAUUGAUAGUUUAUCUGGCACUUUCUCUCAAGCAGCAGAAAUAAAUGAUGUCAGUGUAAUGGAAACUAUUGUUGUCACUAUGGGCUGCGUUGGAAAAGUUUCGAAAGGUGAUUUGCUCUCGGUAAUGGUGGUUAGUUUGUUCAACUGCUUCAUCACACAAAAUAAAUUCAUUGCUUCUGUUGCAUCUGACCAGAUUCACCAAAUAGCACGAUCAAAUAAAUGGACAUGCCAACAGCUGUUUGUUGAUCACAAAAACCAAUUGAGCGAUAUUGCUGUGAAAAAGUUUUUCAAAAUUUUAACAGAAGGAAAGGACGUUCAUAGUGUCACCGAAGCAUUUUUCGAUAUUGCAAAGCUAUUUGAAUUUCCAGAUGUGAAAGCAUUCUUGGCGACAACAUCAACAGAAAUGCUACCGAAAAUAGUGCAGCAUGCAUCUUCUCGUUCAUCAAUUAUUUUGAGGUUAUUUGCGAAAUAUUUGAACAUCAACCGACGUGAAAUGAUGUUUUACAAUUUCAAGUAUAUAUUUUCGUACAUAAUACGAACAGUUUCCAAAGAAUCAGAAUUGGAGUCCUGUUUGCGUUAUUUGCAGGAUGAAACUGACGUUGAGUUAAGUAGCUUGCUGUUAUCUGAAAGUCAAAGCGUAUUCAACCAACUGAUACUGUAUCUUAGUGUAAACCGUGAACAGGUGUAUCAAGGAUUUUCAAUCCUUGCCAGCAACGAUACUUCUUAUAAGGGACCAAAAGAAAUCAGAUCGGAUUCUGACAUUGCUCUCCUUCUCCACCACAAGCUGCUGGGUGUUUUAGCAUUUUUCAAUUCCGUAUUAACACAUAGUCCAAACUACGAGAAGAAGAUUGCUCUUAAGAGCAUACUCUGUCUUCUCAACAUAAUGGGACCAAAGUAUUUGACGCCGGUUCGGUUGAAGGUGAUGGCCAUCUUAAAAUUAACAUUUCGAUUGAAAAACGACUUUCCAGAUUUAUGUUGUGCUGCAUGGGAUUGCUUUGUGCGCAAUAUUGACGUGGAAACACUGGGCUCUAUUCUUGGUCAAAUUGUUGCAACAUUGCUACCUUUGUUGGAUACCUGCAGUGAUCAAGUGGCGGCUAUUUUAAAUUUCUUAAUUAUUGAGAACCGAUCCGCAUUAAAUUCUUAUUUUACUGACAUAUAUUACAUACCCCCUCAUCCAUGUCUGGCGAAGAUCAAGAGAAUAAUAGACUCAUCACACGUGACUAUCAGGCAAAUCAAAGACUUCAAAACACAAAUAUUGUCUUUACUAAAGGGUAUAAAGAGUGAAAAUGAAUCUGUGCAGAAAUUUGCACUUAUUAGGGUUUGUGAUUUGCUGGAUGCGAAUCCGUCGUUUUCAGAUGAGCUGCGUUCAGAUUCAGUUGAUCCUGUCAUAAAAGAAUUGAUCAACACGUUGCUUCAAUGUUGUAAUGAACAGAAAAAGAAUACGUUAAGUUUGGUUGGAAAAUGUUUUGGCCUUCUGGGGGCUAUUGAUCCAGGUCGACUUGAAAAUACUUCAAAAGAAGUUGUGAUGGAAUCCACUGCCAAUACUGAUAUCACUGAUAUCAACUUCGCCUACGAUUUGAUCAACGAACUUUGUCGCUCAUUCUUAGCAGCAAACAACACAAGAGCACAAGAUUGUGCUGCUUUUGCUCUGCAGGAGAUAUUACAGUUUUACCACUGCACAGAUCAGUAUUCCGACAGCAAUGGCUAUCAGUUAUGGUUGAAAUUCUCUAAUUCUACACAAGAACUACUUUAUCCUCACCUGCAGUCAAAGUAUGUCAAUUCCACCAACUACAAUUGGUCGAGACUAUCCUUGCCUAUAUUUGAAAGCGUAAAGGGUUCUGUCUACAAAGAGUGGAUAUGCAAUUGGACAAACUAUAUGAUUUACAAGUUGGAUUCACCAAACCCCACGAAAGUAUUUCAACCAUGCAUGUCUAUUAUAAAACACGACCUCCGAACGGCUUUGUUUCUUCUUCCGCACGUCGUUCUUAGUGUGAUUCAAUCUUCCAAUGCAGACAUUGUGCGAACCGACAUUAUGGCUGUGCUGCAGUCUGCAAUGACAACCGAAACGCAGAUCUCAGAGUUUAAAAAUUCCUGCGCACAAACUGUGUUUUCCAUUUUGGAUUUUCUGAAUGUUUGGUACACCAACGCAAGACACGCUACGAACACUUCUUCUGCAAACUCUGGAAUGUUGAGCAAAAGUAUCCAAUAUGUUGCAAUGUUCUUGAAAAGUAUACCAAAAGAUAUCCUAGCUUUCUCUUCAUUUCAUUGUAACGCAUUGUCGCGUUCAUUGAUGUAUUACGAAGAGCACAUCGAACUGACAAAUGGUAAUGUUGAGGAUCACUUGGAGUUUCUUCAGAAAAUUUACUACGCAUUGGAUGAACCUGAUGGAAUUGCUGGCAUUGCUGCUACGAGAAAGAAAAACACAAGUCUGAAGGAACAGAUCAUCGAACAUGAGAGCUCAGGGAAUUUACGCGAUGCAGUUGCGUGUUACGAACGUGCCAUUCAAAUCGAUACAGAGAAUGUGAAACAUCAUACAGGAUUUUUAAACUGCUUGAUACGGCUUGGUCAACUUAACAACGCCUUAAUGGACGUCUCUGGUGUAAUGGAGAAGAGGCCUGACUGGUCGACUCAACUUCAGCCGUAUCAAACGGAGAUAGCAUGGAGGCUUGGUCACUGGGAUAUCUUAGGCAAAACUGUAAACCAGAAAAAAAACUUGCAGCAAAAUUGGAGCAGUUCUCUCGGCCAAUUACUCAUCUGUUUAAAAGAUAAAAAUAUUGAUGAGUUUGGACAGACGAUGGCUUCCAUCAGGAGCGUACAAACUCAGCGUCUACUCAGUGCCAGUGUUGAAUCUGGUGGCUAUCAGCGAGCUUACAACGCAAUCAUAAGACUUCACAUGUUAACAGAUAUCGAGACUUGCAGCGCUGUUCGUUUCCAUGACAACCCAAAAGUAAAGUCACGCGAUCUUCUGUCUCAUCUCGACCACCGAUUGGAUGUGAUGGAGUCAUCAUUCAAAUCGAAAGAACCAGUGUUGAAUUUGAAACGAAUUUUGCUGGCAUUACAUGGUGAAGAGUUUCAGUUGACUAUCGAGCAAGACAAUAGCUGGUUGAAGACGGCGAAGAUAGCUCGGAAAGAUGGCUUGUUCCAAACCGCCUACAGUUCACUUCUCAACGUCAAUGCUAACAAUCGAUCUGAUUUUUUAAUUGAGCAAGCCAAAUGGUACGCAUGCCAAAAAGACCUGCAUAACGCACUGCUAACUCUUCAGAAAGGAUCGGCUGCUGCUGUAGAGCAGAGAAGAUAUGUAGAGGAGAGCAACAAUCAUUUCUACGCAGCCAAGAUAUCUUUACUGAAAGCCAUAUGGAUGGAGGAAACUGAAUACUACGAACCAGAACCAGUGCUUGCGCAAUACAAAGACGCUGUUGAGAAGAAUGUGAAGUGGGAGAAGGGACACUUCUGUUUGGCGAAGUAUUACGAGAAAUUAAUGAAUGCUUGGGAUGGCAACAAGGAAGGCAGAAAGAAAGGAAAACAAGACUUUAUACGCUUUGUGGUAAAACACUACGGCGAAUCGUUACAAUAUGGAAGCAAGUAUAUCUAUCAAUCCAUGCCAAGGUUGUUGACAUUGUGGUUAGAUUUUGGACAAGAUGCCAAUCAAGUUAUAGAAGGAAAUGGCAGACAAGUGGAGAAAACAAAAUACAAAGAAAAAAUGCAGAAGUUGAACGACGAAAUCAUCAAACUGUCAAAAGUCUUGCCGGCGUACCAAUUCUUGACUGCGUUCUCACAGUUAGUUUCUCGGAUAUGCCACAAGAAUGCGUCGGUGUGGAAUAUUUUAAAAAGUAUAAUUUGCAAAAUAUUCGCAGUAUAUAAAGAGCAAGCCAUCUGGAGCAUGGUUGCAGUGUACAAGUCAUCUAUCAACACGCGCAGCGAAAGAUGUAAAGUUAUCUUUCAAGAAAUGUCCUCAGCAGAUCACCGAUUGAAGCAGUUCAUUUCUCACUGUUUGGAACUGACAGAUCAUCUGUUAAAUAUCUGCAAUCGAAGAGUUUUGAAGGAGAACAAGCUAAGCAUGGCGAGAGAUUUUCCAGCUCUUGUGAGAUUGCUGGGUGAUCGUAAUUUUAGCGAAAUAAUUGUUCCUCUUCAAUCGACAUUAACAGUCCAAUUGCCAUGCGUGCCAGAUCCACAACAGAAACAUAAUCCCUUCCCUGAGAACCUACCAAUCAUAGUUGGAGUGGAGGAUCAUAUCGACGUCCUUUCUUCGCUUCAAAAACCAAAAAAAAUCUGCGUGAGAGCGAGUAACGGUUGUAAAUAUGCACUCAUGUGUAAGCCGAAAGACGAUUUGAGGAAAGAUAACCGUCUCAUGGAAUUUAACUCACUUGUUAACAAGUUGUUGCUAAGAGACCCGGACUGUCGUCGUCGUCAACUUCAUAUUCGCACGUAUGCCGUCAUACCGUUAAACGAAGAAUGCGGAUUGCUAGAAUGGGUUCCGAACACAUCCGGGUUACGUUACAUAUUAAACAAAAUAUACAAAGAAAAAGGUAUAGUGGUUAAGAUUCAAGAAUUAAAGCAGUUAUACGAACCAAUGAAGAGCAGUAACUUGCGUACAAAGGUCGAUAUAUUUGUCAAUCGAAUAUUACCAAAAUACCCGCCUGUUUUUAAUGAGUGGUUUUUAAACAGUUUUUCCAGCCCUACAAAGUGGUACAUGGCCAGACUGGCAUACUGUCGUACGUCGGCUGUGAUGUCCAUGGUCGGUUACACACUUGGUUUAGGUGACCGACACGGUGAAAACAUACUGUUUGACUCCAUGUCAGGCGAUUGUGUUCAUGUUGACUUCAAUUGCUUGUUUAACAAAGGUGAAACGUUUGACUGUCCAGAAAGAGUACCUUUUCGGUUGACGAACAAUAUGAUAAACGCUAUGGGUCCGUUGCGUUAUGAAGGUGUGUUUCGAAAGUCUUGCGAAAUGGCCAUGAAGUUAAUGAGACAUCAAAGAGAUUCGCUACUCAGUGUGCUGAACACGUUUUUGUAUGAUCCGCUUGUCGAGUGGAAGAAGGAAGCCCGAAGACAAUCUUCUGGUGAGACUACAAAUGAAUUGGCGUUGAAGAUUCUCAAGAAUGUUGAACAUCGACUCACUGGAUACAUGAGUAGCACAAUGAUACAUUUGCCGCUCUCUAUUGAAGGACAGGUGCAUCAGCUUAUAAAGGAAUCGACAGAUCUUGAAAAUCUUGCUCGGAUGUACAUUGGUUGGGCAGCGUAUAUGUGAUUAAUGUAAAUUUGUAUUUUUUUGACAAGAACCUACUUUGGAAUAACUAAA